AUGGCACUCUCAAGCCUGAGCCCAUGGCAAAUCCUCGCCCUCGCCCUCACAACCCCCCAACUAACACACACCCCCUUACCUAGCUCACUCUCUACACGGCAACGCACCUCCUCUACAACCUCCUCCUGCACCCCCUCCGCCGCUACCCCGGGCCCCCUCCUCAUGCGCGCCACCCGCUGGGGCUACGGCCUGCGCCACAUGGCCGGCACGCUGCCCUUCGAUAUGCUGGCGCUGCACCAGCGGUACGGGCCCGUGGUGCGCGUCGCACCCGACGAGCUCGCCUUUUCGGACCCCGCGGCGUGGAAGGAUAUUAUGGGGCAUCGGACUGGUGGUGGGAGUGGGAGUGGUGGUGCUGGUGGUGGUGGUGGUGGUGGGGGGCAGGAGGAUAUGCUCAAGUAUGAGCGGUUUUAUAUGCCCGUGGAGGGCUUGCCGAGGGAUAUUGUCAAUGCGGGGCGGGAGGAGCAUGCGUUGUUGAGGCGGACGAUGGCGCAUGGGUUUAGUGAUCGGAGUAUGCGCGAGCAGCAGCCGGUGAUUCGGGGGUAUAUUGAUUUGUUGGUGGGGAGGUUGAGGGAGAGGAGUGGGGAGGGGGAGAAGGUGGACUUGGCGGCGUGGUAUAAUUACACGACGUUUGAUGUUAUUGGGGAUCUGGCGUUUGGUGAGAGUUUCGGGUGUCUCGACAACUCGGACUACCACCCCUGGGUCAAAGCCAUCUUUGAGGUCGCGCGUGCUGGGACGGUGUUCCAGACCCUGGCACAUUUCCCAGUUUUUGUCAAGUUGAUGCUGGCCCUCAUCCCGUCCAAGUUUCUGGAGGAGCGCGAGAAACACAUGCAGAUGACCUUGGUGAAGUUGAAGAGGCGGAUGGAGGCGGGCAAGGAGAGGGCAGACCUUGUCGAGGGGCUACUCAAAAAGGCUGACGAAUGGGGACUCACGCUAGAGAAGCUCCAGGCCAACAGCGCAAUUCUCAUCAUUGGUGGAUCCGAGACGACGGCGACGCUCCUUUCAGGGGUCACAUACUUCCUGAUGACCAACCGUCAAGCCAUGGAAAAGCUCACGGCCGAAAUCCGGGGAACUUUCAAAUCAGAGGAUGAGAUCGACUUUGCCAGUGUCAGCACACUCCCUUAUCUCCUGGCCUGCCUCGAUGAGGCACUCCGCAUGUAUCCCCCAGUUCCGACUGGCCUGCCGCGCGUGGUGCCGAAGGGAGGUGCCAACAUCGCAGGCAAUUACGUACCUGAGAAGACUGUGGUGGCGGUCCACCACUGGGCGAUGUACCACAACGAUGAGCAUUUCAAGGACCCCUUCGUCUACCACCCGGAACGAUGGCUCGGCGACCCGGCAUUCGCGGGCGACCACAAAGAGGCGUUCCAGCCGUUCCAUCUUGGCCCGCGUAACUGCCUCGGGAAGAACUUGGCUUACAUUGAAAUGCGCCUCAUUUUAGUCCGGGUUCUAUGGAACUUUGACCUCCGGAUUGCUGAGGACAGUUUGGACUGGAUGAGCAAACAGCGGAUCUACAACUUGUGGGAGAAGGGAAAGCUGAAUGUACAUUUGACACCUGUUGCGAGGUAAAUGUACUGGGUUCGUUGUAAGAGAGAGGUAGCAGCUGCUUCAUUGAAUUUGGGAUAGGGGGUAAUACUGAUGGAGAAGGAGACUAGGGACAUUGUUAGGAGGUAAUCAAAAAAGAG